AAAUGCACAUCGUCCCCUGUUCCUGAAUCCUGUCCAAACCCCCGCCAACCUUCCAUGGAUGCGCAGAAGCAAGAGCAGAGGAGCUACUGGAGAUGGAGCAUGCAAGACUUCUUCCCCGAGGCAUCCUUCGUCAGCUUCGCCUCCUACAGGACAGCCCUCUCCCAGACCUGCCCCCGCCUCAGGGACCGCCUCCUCGACCGGUCGACUCAGUCCAAGGAGCUGGUCGAGCUCAGGAAGCAGAGCGAGAACGACAUGAAACGCUGCCUCAGCUGGUGGGACCUCGUCUGGCUCUGCUUCGGCUCCGUCGUCGGGUCGGGCAUCUUCGUCAUCACCGGCCAGGAGGCCCACGACCACGCCGGCCCCGCCAUCGUGCUCUCCUACGCCGUCUCGGGCCUCUCUGCAUUGCUCUCCGCCUUCUGCUACACGGAGUUCGCGGUCGAGAUCCCCGUCGCAGGGGUCAUAGUGCUUAUUAUAGCAAUUGGGUUCUCUCGUGGGCAUGUAUCGAAUUUAGUACCCGUUUUCCCUCAUGGAGCGAGUGGGGUUUUCACGGCCGCGGCGAUCGUGUACUGGUCUUACACGGGGUUUGACAUGGUCGCGACCAUGGCCGAAGAGACCAAGAUGCCGUCCAGGGACAUCCCAAUCGGUUUGGCAGGUUCUAUGGCUGUGAUCACCGUGAUUUACUGUUUGAUGGCUCUGGCACUGACCAUGAUGCAGAAGUACACCGAAAUUGACCGCGAUGCGGCUUACUCUGUCGCUUUCUCGAGGAUCGGCAUGAAGUGGGCUAAGUACGUUAUCAGCAUCUGUGCCCUCAAGGGAAUGACCACGAGUUUGCUGGUCGGGGCUCUUGGGCAAGCUCGGUAUAUGACUCAGAUUGCCAGGGCUCAUAUGAUCCCGCCUUGGUUCGCUCUUGUUCACCCGAAAACCAGCGCUCCUAUUAAUGCCACUCUAUUGAUCACCGUGCUUAGUGCUGUUGUGGCAUUCUUCUCUAGCUUGGACGUCUUGUCUAGCGUGUUCUCCUUCAGUACGCUGUUAAUUUUUAUGCUCGUGGCUAUUGCAUUGCUGGUGAGACGGUAUUAUGUUAAGGGCGAGACUCCAAAGAGCGACCUUCGCAAGUUUUUGGUUUCUCUGUUUGUUAUAGUCGCUUCUUGCGUCGGCGGGACGGCAGUUUGGCGCUCAAACACAGGAGGAUGGAUCGGUUACACAGUUGCUGAUGUUUUUUGGUUCCUGGGCACUUUAGGAAUGCAAUUGCUGCCGCAGCGGCGUGCUCCACAGCUCUGGGGGAUUCCCCUGGUUCCAUAUUUGCUGUCAUUGUCAAUUGGGAUGAAUAUAUUUUUGAUUGGUUCACUGGGCUCCAAAGCAUUCUGGAGGUUCUUGAUAUGCACUGCGGUGAUGAUACUCUACUAUCUCUUGGUUGGGCUCCACGCAAUUUAUGACGUGGCUUACCAUAUAGCACAGCAAUCAAAAGUCGAAGAUGGAAAGGAGAAUGUGGAUCGUGGCAUGUCGUAGGGGAUGGUUUUGGUAUAGCCUUCGAUACUGGACAGUAGUAUUCCCCUUCCACUUUCGAAAUUGCUGUUGGGUUGGAUACUUUUGCAGGAUCUGCAGAUCGGGACUUUGCUUGAUAUCAAAUUCUCCAUUCGAUUAACGCACGUCAUUUGAAAGAAUUUUUUAUCUUCAGCCACAGCACAUCAUCUUACUAUGCUACUGCUGGGUAUAUGCAUACUGAAUGUAGAAAUUAUUGUUCAUCAUUCUGUGAAAUCGAUUGUAUUUGCGUUUUCUUCUUUUGAACAUUCUGUUAUUUCAAGGAUUAUCCGGAAGAGGUCUGUCCAUCACCAUUGGUUACAGAAUGCCAUCAUUAGCUAAUGCCUCUUGUGGCUUCCGAGAACUCAGGUCAGCUGGGUGCUCACUGCUGAGGAUUUUUUAGACAAAAGUUUACUCAUUUUGAUUGAAUCUGCUGUUCUUUUUGGUUUCAGAAACUGGGGUUAUACCAUGAGAAAUGCUGAAGACUGUUCUGAGGAUUUUUGUUAAGCCAUGUUAAAUAGAGGAAUGCUAUUAAAAUGACAUACAUGUCAUUAUGCCUUUCUUGGUCAUUUAUUUCUUUUGCCCAGGUAACAUUUUGUUAGGUCCGGGUUCUAGUCUACACCUCUCUCGCCCGUACUGUUGAGCUGCACGUCCAAUGGCAUCAAUUUACUGGGUAUCUGAAUGUGCUGAUCGGCAUGCUUCUA